CAGUUGGACGGGACGGUUUGAUUGAUAUAUGAACCUUCUCUACUUCAUUCACAAUUUUCCUUUUUUCACCAUUGAUGCAGAUCUGAAGCUUCUCUCAAGCUAUUCCAAUUCAGUCAAUCGAGGACGACUACAUCUUUCACAAUUGCGACUUCUCAGGAGCUAUUCUGAUCAAUCUAAGUCGUCGUCGUCGUCUGAAAUAGAAAGGAACGGAAUCACAGACCUCUUUCACAUCUUCGACCAUGGUGUUGGUAACUGCGGUACGAGAUUACAUCAAUCGCAUGCUGCAGGAUAUUUCCGGCAUGAAAGUCCUUAUUCUAGACGCCCAAACGGUUAGCAUUGUGAGUGUUGCAUAUUCUCAAUCAGAGCUCCUUCAGAAAGAGGUGUUCCUGGUGGAGCUCGUGGAUUCCAUUUCCAAAUCGAAAGAACCUAUGUCACACCUUAAAGCAGUUUACUUCCUUCGGCCGACAUCAGAGAAUAUCCAGCUUAUGAGGCGUCAACUGAGUAAUCCAAGAUUUGGAGAAUAUCAUCUUUUCUUUUCCAACUUAUUGAAGGAUACACAGCUUCAUCUCUUAGCAGAUUCAGAUGAACAUGAAAUAGUUCAACAAGUUCAGGAAUUCUACGCGGAUGUUGUUCCAUUGGAUCCUUAUCAUUUCACUUUGAACAUUGUGGCAAAUCAUAUGUAUAUGCUCUCCACAGUUGUAGAUCCUCCAGGUCUUGAGCAUCUAUGUGAUCGAAUUGUUGACGGUAUUGCAGCAGUCUUUUUGGCAUUAAAACGACGUCCAGUAAUUCGAUACCAACGGACAUCUGAUAUUGCAAAAAGGAUUGCACAAGAAGCAGCGAAAUUGAUGUAUCAACAGGAGAGUGGCCUUUUUGAUUUCAGAAGGACAGAAAGUUCUCCACUCCUACUUGUAAUUGAUAGGAGAGAUGACCCAGUCACACCUUUACUGAAUCAGUGGACAUAUCAGGCUAUGGUUCAUGAGUUGUUAGGUGUUCAAGACAACAAAGUGGACUUGAGUAACAUUGGCAAGGUUUCAAAAGAUCAGCAGGAAGUUGUUCUAUCAUGUGAACAAGAUGCAUUUUUCAAAGCCAACAUGUAUGAGAAUUUUGGAGAUAUUGGGAUGAAUAUCAAGCACAUGGUUGAUGAGUUUCAGCAAGUUUCAAAAAGUAAUCAGAACAUCCUGACCAUAGAAGACAUGGCUAGAUUUGUUGAUAACUACCCCGAGUAUCGCAAAAUGCAUGGAAAUGUCUCAAAACAUGUGGCAUUGGUAACAGAAAUGAGCCGGAUAGUUGAAGAGCGAAAACUUAUGUUAGUAUCACAAACUGAACAAGAAUUGGCUUGUAAUGGUGGACAAGGGGCAGCAUUCGAGGCUGUAACCAAUCUUUUGAAUAAUGACUCUGUAUCUGAUAUUGACCGAUUGCGCCUGGUUAUGCUUUAUGCUCUGCGUUAUGAGAAAGAAAGUCCAGUUCAACUUAUGCAGCUUUUCAACAAACUUGCUGCUCGAUGUCCAAAGUAUAAACCGGGGCUUGUUCAAUUCUUGCUAAAGCAAGCUGGUACAGACAAGCGAACAGGGGAUCUGUUUGGAAAUCGUGAUCUUUUGAACAUUGCACGUAACAUGGCUCGUGGGCUUAAGGGGGUUGAAAAUGUGUACACCCAACACCAGCCACUUUUAUUUCAGACGAUGGAAAGCAUUGUCAAGGGACGGCUGAGAGAUGUGGACUACCCAUUUAUUGGAAACCAUUUUCAGCAGGGAAGGCCACAGGAUGUAGUUAUCUUCAUUGUUGGUGGAACGACCUAUGAAGAGGCGCGGUCUGUAGCUUUACAGAACUACGCUAAUACAGGAACUCGAUUCAUAUUAGGAGGUUCCUCGAUUCUUAACUCUAAGAGAUUCCUAAAAGAUCUUGAAGAAGCUCAGAGAAUUUCUAGGUCGACCAUGAAUGUGGUUUGAGGUGGUGGGUCAUGUGGAAGAAUAGAUAUCUGUUCCUGGUAAGAGAGAUGCAUUUAUGACCUCAUAUUCCCAGUUAAGAUGCGAGAAGCAUUUUUUGGUCAUUACUAGUUAUGGUUAGAUGUCCGACUCUUAACACUCUUAUGUAUAUAUAUACAAGACCAGCUGGCAUAUUCAUCAGGUUCCUUUGCAUAUGCAGAGGUUUCAUGGCAUUGCUGUUGUUGUAGAGUAGUUGUGAAUUGUGAUUCUUUUUAAAGCGGUUUCCGAGGAUAAUGUGUUUACCCUAUAUUGCGAGUUCAGAGUUUUACCAUGAUUUUGGCUAUUGCAGUAUAAGAAAUGCUUUAUGAUUA